AUGGCCAACGUAUAUCGCUCAUUGGAAUUAUUAUUGUCUAAACCUCUAAAUUCAUCUGUGCGCAUCCUGAACAUCAACGUCAAUGUCACUGACACAGAUACUGCCACAUAUAAUGACACGUUUAAUGUUCCAACUUCCUUAUCAUAUUUACUGAUCACAGGAGAUGACAGAUUCAGUAUUCAUUUUACUGAUCCGAAUGGAAACACAUUAUCAUUUGAAAAAAAUCCAUAUUAUUACAACUACUAUUACUACUAUUACUAUUAUUACUAUUACUAUUACUACUAUAAUUAUGCUAUUCCAAUUUCCCAUUUGGUAAAAAGUCCAGCUGCGGGAUCCUGGAUUCUGAAUGCUCAGGGGAAUACGUCACUUUCUCUUCAGAUAUUGGGAUUUACUGGGUUGGACAAACCAGGAACUUGUUCAGAUUCUGACUGCCACCCGAAUGCCACGUGUUCGGAGUUUGGAGGAUACGGGGAGUGCACAUGUAAAGAGGGAUUUGCUGGAGAUGGAAUAUCUUGUAAUGAUAUAGAUGAAUGUCAGGACUAUUACACCAACAACUGUUAUUAUUAUUAUGGUAGUAUUUCCUGUGUGAACACUGUCGGAUCUUACACCUGUGAUUGUUACUCUGGAUUUGAAUAUAAAGAAGAAUUUGGUUGUGUUGAUAUUGAUGAGUGUGCGGACAGAUCUCUCAAUAACUGUGAUCCAGUAGCCAUAUGUACAAAUUAUUAUUAUGGAUCUUACGCAUGUGCUUGUCCCGAUGGAUAUUACGGAGAUGGAUACCACUGUGAGAUCAAUGAAUGCCAACAAGGAACACCGUGUGGCUCUAAUGAAGAAUGCAUUAAGUCCAUUGGAUCAUAUUCCUGUACUGACCCUUGCUCCACCUACACCAUAAUUAAUGACCCCUGGCGCAGUACUUCUAAUACAUACAAUUAUAAUUAUGAUUACUGGUAUUACUGGUAUAACUGGUAUCAUUGUGACAAUGGCCUGUCUGGCUGGUAUCGGUUUAAAGGAGAAUAUGACCAGCAAAUCCCUGAGCACUGUGUACCACGAUCCAGCUGUGGGACUAAUAUCCCCAUUUGGAUGAACGGCUCCCACCCUACAGUCAGUGACGGCAUUGUGAACCGUACAGCUUGUUCCAACUAUUACGAGGGAUGCUGUACAUAUAAUUAUAAUAUUUCUGUGAGAAUGUGUCCUGGAGGAUUUUAUGUGUAUAAGCUACAGAGUCCACCAAUCUGCAGCUCCGCCUAUUGUACAGAAACUAAUUAUACCUGCUCGGGGGUGGACUGCGCUCCGGAUGAGGAAUGUAGAGUUGUGGACGGAGUUCCUGGCUGUAACUGUAAAUCUGGAAUACAACUAGGAAAUCUAGCAGAUGACAUUAAACCACAGGUCACCUGUGGCCUGGAGAAUAUAGAAGUUCGGUUCAGUAAAUGUCUCGUGGAGAAGUGGGGAUAUAGCACUUCAUCCAUCCAUCUGAGAGAUUAUUCCUGCCGAGGAAUCAUUGAAAGAAGUGAUAAAAGUUACAUCAUUUUCAUCACACGGCCAGCAGAUGGCAGUUGUGGGGGAUCCAUUUGGAAUGAUGGAAGUGUUAUCAGAUAUAGAAAUACUGUAUACCUAGCAUCGUAUUCUGACGGAGUGAUUAUAAGAGACGAGAUCCCCAUUGACUUUCAUUGUGAUUAUCCUUUAGACAUGGAGAUCAACCUUCUAACCGCUAUCAGCACCUACGUAGUCUCGGUUAUGGAUGUGGCUGGAACAGCAAAUUUCACAAUAACGAUGGGUCUAUUCCAAGAUUCCGGCUACACCACCCCAUAUACUGACUCCCAGGUGUGGCUGGACACCUCCUCCAUCCUAUAUGUUGGUGUCAUUGUAACCGGAGCUACGAGUUCAUCUCCAUUUGUGCUCGUCAUGAAAAACUGCUACGCCACCCCAACACCUGACAGCUCCUACGGCCCCAGACAUGAAAUCCUUACAAACCAAUGCCCCAACAAGAAUGACCCAACAAUCUCUGUGCCAGAAAAUGGAGUGUCCCUUAAAGGUCGCUUUUCCCUCCAAGUGUUUCAAUUUCUGGGAGGAUUCGAUAAGGUUUAUUUACACUGUCAGGUCGGCUUGUGUGACACCUCCAACUCUUACUGUGCUUCUAGUUGUCCCGCGAUGAGAUCGGCUUCGGUUGACGACAAUAAUGUGAAAAAUAUAACUAUUGGACCUAUAUACCAGAAAGGUAAGACACAUUCUUUAUAA